AUGCCUGGUGCGACGCCAAGAAACACUGUUAGUGGUGAAAUCAGCAAGCUUCUCAAUGCGGUGGGUCCAAACAAUGCGCCCAUCCUAAAAGUUAACCAAGGCAAACUUACAAAAUUCUUUUUGAGGCCGCGUAACCAACAAGAUGCGCUGAAACAGGUUUCGGGUGGAAAAGUCCAAAAACGGCAUCCCACCCGCUCCACACGUAACAAUCAUCACCCCCAAACAACGGUCACGACUUCUUCUGACACUACGGGUCAGAAAGAGCGCGUCAAUGAACAAAAGAAACGUCGCCAAAUGGAAGAUCUCAAGGCUGCUUAUCUACUUUCCUGUCUCUCCGCACAUUCAUUCUGGCUGAAUUUUAAGAACGAACCGGAAAAAGAUUUUAAAUAUUUUUUGGAAGCCCAUGUUGGCGAGACAACUUUGAUUUCAAGUGGUGCUAUGGAAAACGAUGUUGAUCUUAAAAAUGUGUCGAUAGAGGUGGAUUCGUGCACGACAAAUUAUUGA